CGUAGCACAAGGUAUGUACUAAAGAGAAAUAAAUUCGCCGAGAAGCGUCUGUAGAAUUGGUAACAACAAUUCCUUUUGACGUUUCUCUGUUUCUUGAUUUUGGUUGAACAAAAACUGGAAGGAAAUUCAAAGAAACUUUGCAAAUAUAAUGGAUGACGAUGUCCAAGCCUUAGAUACACCGCUUUCUCACAUUAACGGAGGGAGCAUUUCAUUUGUUGUUCCGGAUCCAGAUUCAAAUUCUUCUGGAGGUGGGCUGAUGCAGAAUCAAGUGCCACAGUCCAAAUAUGCACAACUUCUUGCUGUGAUUGAGGAUAUGGGCAAAGAUAUCCGUCCUACUUAUGCUGGCAGUAAGAGCAGUGCAGAGCGAUUGAAAAGAGGAAUUGUCCAUGCUCGCAUUUUAGUGAGGGAGUGCCUAUUGGAAACUGAGAGGAGUGCUCGACAAUAGCAACAAAAAUGGAAAACAUAAAAAAACUUCUGUCGUGGGACACAGUGCUUUACGCUGACUGUGUUGAAUUUUGCCCUUUUGAACCUUACCUUUCUAUAGCCAUCUGUGGCACUUAUCAAUUGUGUGAAAGUGAAGCGUCGCGCGUUGGUCGCCU